ACCAAAACCACCCCCACGGGGCUGGAGCGCGAAACUCCAAUCAGACAUGGCUCAGAAGCAACUGAUCGUUGCUGUUGAAGGCACUGCAGCCCUGGCCCCUUACUGGCGCACAAUCCUUCUCGAUUACUUGGAAAAAAUUGUCAGAGCUUUUGCAGGUACCAAUUCCACUGGUCAGAGGACUUGUUUUAUAUCCAAUGUUGAAUUUAAUCUGGUCGUCUUCUACAGUCAUGGAUCUCAUUCUGCUUGCCUAGUACAACGCAGUGCCUGGACAAAUGAUGUUGAUAUUUUCUUACAAUGGCUGUCAGCCUUACGUUUUUCUGGUUGUGUCUCCAAUGAUGCCGCGAUUGCGGAAGGGCUUUCUGAAGCACUUAUGUUAUUUCAUAUCAUUCCAAAUGAGAGCCAAAAUAAAAAAUACGUGGAUUUCCGAAGGCACUGCAUUCUCGUCGCUGCUAGCAAUCCUCAUCCAUUGCCUACACCUGUCUGUCGACCACAAAUCCAAAACUUGGAACCAAGUGAGAAUACAGAGGCACAAACAGAAAGUUAUUUAUCUGAUGUUGACACCGUAGCAAAAUUGUUUCCUCGGUGUUCUGUCUCUUUAUCUGUCAUAUGUCCAAAGCAGCUCCCGAAACUUAGAGAUAUCUACAAUGGGGGAAAGCAAAGUCCCCAAGCCCCAGAUCCACCAACUUACAGUGUCAAAAACCCUUCUUUUCUUGUUCUCAUCUCAGAGAACUUUAUGGAGGCUCGUGCUGCCUUAAGUUUUUCAGGCGUUAUGAGUUUGGCUCCAUAUCAGAGUCCAGUGAAAAUGGAUGUAGCUCCUGUGACCUCAGCUUCAGGGCCAUCCCCAACUUCUAUUCCACCAGUGAAUGGAUCUCUCAUGAACUGGUUACCAGUUUCUGUCGAAAAUGUCCCCACUGCCAAUGUUAAAGUUGAACCAACAACUGUAACUUCCAUGAUUGGCAGUCCUGCUUUUCUGCAUACUCCAUCUGUUCCAUGUGCUCCUCAAGCCGUUCCAAGCUUACAAAAAUCUUCUCCAUUAACUACUUCUCAAGUGAUGAUGGCAAGUGGUGGCAAUGUGCAAGAUGUAAAACCCAUUGUAAGUUGUAUGACACAGCCCUUGCAUCCUGUGCCUCAAGCACAAGUGAUGAACUCUGCUGCCCUCACUGGAGGAACUGGCAACAUGAUUCCAAAUCCACAUAUGCCUCAACAAGUACAAUCUGGGCUGUCACCUGGUGUGAACGAUAGUUCAGCAGCAAGCAUGCCAUUGUCGCAACAGAACUAUGUUAAAGCCUGGGAGGGAAAUUUAUUUGGACAAAGACAAAAUCAGCCUGUGUUUAUCACCAGAUUAGAAGGAUAUAGAAGUUCUUCAGCUUCUGAAGCACUUGCAGCAGACUGGCCACCAACCAUGCAAAUAGUCCGUCUUAUAUCUCAAGACCGUGUGAAUAUCAAGCAGCAUAUUGCAAAGGUAGACAUUUUUGUUUUUCAGGCACUGUUUCAACAUGCCUUUCUUUACCAGCUACUUGAAAGGAAGCUUGGUGCAGUUAUCCAACUACCAUCUCAGACGUUGCUGCUUUCAGUUUUUGAAAACAAGCCCUGUUGCUUGGUUGGAAUGCUUGUCCCUGCGAAUAUGGUUGUGUUUAAGCGACAAUUGCCUAGCCAUCAGCAACAACUUCAACAAUGGCAACACCAGCAGCUGCAACCACAGCAACACUCACUGAAACAGCAGCAACAGCUUCAGCUACUGAAACAACAGGAGGGGCAGCUUCCACGGCAACAGCUUGAACAGCAGCUCAUUCAGCUUGAGCAGCAGCAGAAUCGGCGGCCACAGAUUCUGCUACAGCAACAGCAGCAGCAGCAGCUUGUACGACAGCAACAGAUGGUCGGUUCAGGAAUGAACCCAGCUUACUUUCAAGGCCCAGGCAGGUCAGAUUCAGAAUUAGUUUCUCAAGGGCAGGUCAAAGGGCCCACCUAACAUGCCUGGUGGUGGCUUCAUGUGCUUAAACCACACCUUGAAAAUUUGAUGCAAGCUUAUUAGGUCUUAAAUAGUUUUGUAGAAUUGACAGAAACAACAGGUUUUCGUUAUCAGUAUUUUUAUGGCUGCAUAAUGAACAGAUGAUGUAAUUCGUCCAGUCCCAUGCGGAUUCCUUUUAGUUUGAUAGCAGAUGAAGCAAAGCCACCAUUGCAGUUGCAGUACCCCACCAUGAAUUUCAU